UGGAGUGGGUGCGAGCCAGACGCCACGCAGCUAUGGAAUCCAAGACGAUGCUCGGGCCUGGAAGCAAUGGACCUUGUACAAUGGUCUGGAACCGAUAUAUUGACGCAGUUCCCCAAUCCUGGACGAUGGGAAGCACUGCCAUGGACAUCAACCUUGGGAUCUCCUCGACAAUCAUUCACCAGACUGUGCAACGCCAACUGUGAGAUCCAUCCACUUCCCAAAAAUGGCGCUUCGGGUCUGCCGCAGGUCCGGCAUACCACUUUUAGCCGCCCCAUCGACGCGAGCUGGAAUCGUGAGAGGACCGAAGACACAGUCACUUGGCUCCUGGCGCUAGACGCCCGUGCCCGAGACUUUAAUGUUGCCCUGCAACCACGGGGAACAACUCCGGCGCUGAGCUCAUUGCCAGUGCCACAUACGCAGCAGCACACAGAGCUGCUCAGAACUUUUGUGAAGCUGGCUUCUAGUUUCAGAUCAUGCCUAGAUGGCAACAACCAAGAUACGGCCAAUUCUUGCAUCGAACUAUGCAUGCCGUUCUGCGUGCGCACCCCUCUUCUCGCCCAAGUCGCCAUAUACACCGCUUCAUGCUUCCUCGUCGAGACCGGUACUCUUGACAAGACCGUGGCCAUGGCUCACAAGGGUCUAGCAAUCCGGAUGUUGAACGAGCUGCUGAGAUCGACUACAGACUCAACAAGCGACGAAGCAAUCGCAGCCGUCAUCCAGAUGAUCCUGAAUGAGUGGUACUGGGGGGAUUCCACCAACGAUCUGCAGGCUCAUCUACGAGGUGUCAGGGAGAUGAUUCGGCUGCGUGGCGGCAUUCAGAACCUGGGCAUGGAUGGCCUUGUUGGCAAGCUUGCAGUCGUGGUGGAUUCCACCAUUGCUCUUUCACUCGAGCAGCCCCCAUUCUUCAGCAUGGAAAACAUUGAAGAUGGAAUUUUUGGGGGUGCAGGCGAGCAGUCCGAGGCAGCCUACAACACACCACUGGUGGCUUCUUCUCUCCCAUUCUCAGCCUGCUCCGACACCCUCGGGUUCCAUCCCGCAACAGCGUCUAUCCUGGAUGACAUACGAUUUCUUAUUUCUACGGUUCUCGAUAUGCCGUCGGAGCCAUCGACUGCGGAGCUGAACAAACUCAAAAGCACUGCCUCCUGGACCUGUGGCCGAAUCUCAUGCUUAAAUCCGGACCUGCCUCAAGAUGGCAGCCCUCAAGAGUCAGACAUCCUUCUUUCCGCUAACAUCCCAAGAGGAACGAAACUGGACCGCAAACACUCCCCAGAACGAGACCCGGCCACGCAGGGUUACAGCAACAUCACCGGCGGCGUCGGCUUCCCGGGCCUGACGAGACGCCAGACCGCGCCAGCAACCACGCAGCAUCCUACCACACUCGGUUUCGAGCCAUCAACCGACCCGUCAUCCGAAUUUAUCUACCAGGUCGUGCGGCAGACCGCCCUCGUGUACUGCCAGGCAGCGACCACCACAGCCACAUUGACCCCAUUCAGCGCCGCCAUUGGGGCCCAAGACCUCACAAAGCUGUGGACCGCCGUGCGUUGCGUCCCACUGGCCCAAUGGAGGCCCAUUAUGGGCGUUUUUGGCUGGGUCCUGGCGGCAGUCGCUCCGUCGGCCCGCGGAACCCCGCACGACCGCCUCGCAAAGAGCCUCUUCACCAUCUGGGGCGUGCAGAUGGCUAUGGACGACUGGGCCGCCGCCAGAGGCGCUCUCCGCGGUGCCUUGAGGUUACAGGCGUGGUUGCUGCACCGCGCUGGUCCGUCGGGUGUUGCUGUCGACCAGGGCAUUGAUGUCAAGCUGGAACCGGGGAUAUGA